AUGACCGCACCUGCGAAGGUGGACGUGGAGAAGGGUCAGGACACCGGCUUCAACAAGCCCGUCACCAUCAAAUCACCUCACAUCAUCAUCCGGAUACUGAAUCAACUCAGCGCGCUGAUGGGGAGGAAGAACGAACACUUCGAAGUGAACUGCACACAGACCUCGGGAGAGGUGCUGGAUGCCUAUGGAGUAAGUUAGCAGGCCGCUUCCCACAUUUCUGUAAGGUUUGCACUCCAUUUUUUUAAAAUUUUCUUUUUUUUUAUUUUUGGAUUUCGCACUGUGCAAAACAUUUUUUUAGGUUGCACUGUGCAAUACGAUAAAGAUUUGGCUGCACUGUGCGACCACAAAAAAGUUUAGUGCACCGUGCGAACCAGAACAGUUUAUUGCACUUUGAUUGCACUGUGCAAAAAAUUUGUCUUUAAAUUGCACUGUGCGGCUAGAAGAAGUUUGACUGCACAGUGCGAUAAAAAACGUUUAUUCCACUUUGUGUUGCACUGUGCAAAAGUUUUUAAAAUUGCACUGUGCAAUACGAUAAAAAUUUGACUGCACUGUGCGCCCAAAGAAAUGGGCUGCACUGUGCAACGAAAAAAAUCGACUGCACAGUGCGAUAAAAAAAGUUUAUUCCACUUUGUUUUGCACUGUGCAAAAUUUUUUUAAAUUGCACUGUGCGACCAACAAAAAGUUUGACUACACUGUGCGACCAUAAAAAAUUAAGUGAACUAUGCGAACCAAAAUAGUUCAUUGCACUUUGUCUUGCACAGUGCAAACACAAUUUUUUGCCCGCACUGUGCGCUUCAAAAUAGCAAAAUUUGACUGCACCGUGCAAUGAACAGAUUUUUGGCAAUAUCUAUGCCACUCUUGCGGAUCAGAUAAUAAUUUUUUGUAGGAAUUUUCUACUCCACACGUCGAAUAGACUCCCAAUUUUUCAAAUUGAAAAUCGCAAAAAAAUCUAAAUUUUGGCAACUUUUAAUUUCACUGCACAGUGCGAUCGAGAUAUUAAGCGAAAAAGUCUUGAAAAAUCAAUUUUUUCGCCCAAAAAAGAAAUUUUGAGUCUUUCUAACUCAUUCUUCGUCUACUUUUCUCUAAAAAUUUUACUUUCAGAAUCCCCGCUAUCCCGCCGUUUAUCAGCAAUCGGCCACUCGGAAACUGGCGUUUGGCGGGCUGCCCGCCAAUUCGUUCGCCACAAUUCAGGACGAAAAGAAGGCGAAGAACCUGGGAGAGUUCUACAACAACUCCACGUUGACUUUGAUCGCCAAAAUCUUCUCGGUUUGUGUGAUUCUGUGCGCUCUGCUGAUGCUGGUCCGAGAGGCGUUUUACAACUCUCAGCCCACCAAAAACAUCGUAUUACCACGCUCUUAA